CCUCACUCCGACUCUCAGCGAAUGAUGCUCAAGUCCGCGUUGCGCUCGAUCUGGCUCGGUCGUCGUCGAGUUGAGCUUUGGUCGAUCGAGCGACGGCGACGAUGACACUUUUUGAUGGUCGGACUUUUUUCUAGUUUACAAUUGUUACGCUAAUCUCCAUUCUAAUUUCGGUAUCACGACCUUCGAGUUAGAUUCUUUCAAGAAAUCCACGUCGUAUUCUCUCUAGGCGAGCAGAUCACAUUCGACGAUGACGACGAUUGUUAGCUGCAGUUUUCACGAUGAAUAUGAGCAUUGGGGACAUGUCCUUUCACCUGGGGGAGGUGUUUGACAGCUAUGAGGAACUGGAGCAGAAGUUGGACAGAGUUUCGAAACAUACUUUGGUGCAUUACUGGAGACGAGACAGUAGAACUGUGAGCGGAGCCCAUAUGAAAACCGCACGGCCAAUCAGCGAGCGAUUGAAGUAUUAUUCCGUCAAAUAUGCGUGUAUCUAUGGUGGCCAGAAGUUCCUUCCUCGUGGUGCUGGUAGGAGACAAUCUCAGUCCAUACGAACAAAUUGUCCUGCUCACAUUAUGGUCAGAGCGACUAAAGAAGGCACACAAUUAGAAGUGACUAGUGUUAAUAAUGAACACAAUCAUGAAAUUUCAGAGGAUCUAUUUAAGAGACUUCCUCAGGAGAGAAAGCUCUGUGGCGAAAUUAGACAAGAUGUCCAAGAUCUCAUGCAGUUGCAUGUUGAUCGUAAAAGAUUGAAAGAGUACGUGCGAUUACGCACUAAUAAGGAACUGCGAUCCAAAGAUUUGUUUAACAUAGCUGCAGCUAAUAAAGAUAAAAAAGAUAUCACACCGGAACGAGCAUAUCAAUUAUUUGAAAAGAUUCGCAAUAUCGAAAAAAUGCAGACCAGAGGUGGUAAUAGAAAAAAGUUUCCCGAAUCUGACGACGAAAUAGCGCAGACUCUAAAAAGAAUGAAGAAGGAGCAGAAAUCCACUUGGAGUCAAGACGGAUUAUCGACAGAGUUAGAAGUGAACGAGGGAAAUGACGGGGAAGAUUCUUACAGUAGUCAACUGACACAAGAGGAAGUAGUCGAUGAGAUUAAUACUAAUGAGGGUGAAUUAUUGAGAGCGAAUAAUGAAGGUGACAUAAUAGCGGCCGACGGAGAAAUAGUAGGCGAAUUGGUAAUGGAGAGCGGCGAUCCGUCGGUGAUAGUCGAAUCCAUUGUCAACGCGGAUGGUUCUGUUUUCGUCGACGAGAGGGAAUUCAAUAACUAUUGCAACAAUCACUUGUCACACACAGUAGAUGAUAGUCAAUCACCGAAGCGACGUGUUCUAGAUAUAGAAACGAUUACUUCUACUACCACUAUCGAGAAAAUUACGAAAGAAACGUCUACUUCGCCCAAUCAUAAAUCGCAGAGUGAUUCUUUAAAACUUCAACAAUCACCAAAGUCAACUAGUAGCUUCCAAGAAACAGAUUCGAGAAUUUGGAUCAUGAAUGAAGGUACUUCUAUGGAAACCGAACUGGAACAAGAAAGCGGGCCCGAGAGCGAGACCAACAUGGCAACCAAGCCGGUCUCGACGAUAAAGCCAGACUUGGAGACAACCGAGGCUGUACUAUCCGACGAUACGAGCCAUCAACUACUUCAAGAGCAGUUGGCGGUGCUACGUGCUGAGAAAGGGAAAUUGUAUCAUGAAACUGAGAUGCUGAAAUUGAAGAAGGACAAAUUGAAGCUACAGAUCAAUUGCUACUCAAAUGAAAUAAAGAAACAGGAGAUGGAGAGGGAGAAAUUGAGGCUCGAGAUCAAGCUACUUCAAUCCAAAGUCGUGGAGGACACUAACGAUGUUUCUCAUUACAUUUUUGUGCCCUGAACUCCCUCUACCUUUGUUAUGUAACUGUAAAUGUGAUGUCUUGUAUUAUUUAACACGUUCUACUCCGUGUGAGUCAUCGUUGUACUUUUCGUUUAAAUCAUUUGAUAUCUUGGCUAUAACUAUGUUUACACGGCUCGAUUUACGCCAAAAUUAUAACGUCGAUGUUAUAAAACUGGCCAAUCAGCUAUUCCUCUGAAGAAUGGAACGACUGUGAUUGGCGAAUGUUAUGGCGAAUUCGGCACAUAUGCACUGACUCCGCUCUAGUGCUGCCCUGACAUGGUGCGAGUGCAGAACUACUUUAGUGCUAUGCCAAAUUGC